GGUUGAUUUGGUGAUAAUUGUGCCCUGUCUUUAAUGGAUUGUGGAAUUUCUCGAUACUUUAUAUUUCUGCAUUACAAUUAACGCCUGAUAUUUCCACCCCAAAUUAUGUAACUAUUCAUAUUAAGUUAGCAUUUUUCCUUACUCAACUUGGGUGUACUAACUGAGAAAUGCCGCAAAAACCUCGCCAUCCUGUUUGUGGAUAUGAUGAAGUGCAGUUAGAUGAUGGAACUAUCAGACCUAUGACAGAAGUAGAGCUUCUUCAAAGGAAGAUUGAUGAAACAACCUCAGAUUCACUGGAAGCCUCUCGACGGAUGAUGGCUUUAUGUGAGGAGAACAAUUGGAUCGCAUAAACGAGGGUAUGGAUCAGAUUAAUCAAGACAUGAAGGAUGCCGAGAAAAAUCUGGAUGAUCUAAACAAAUGCUGCGGACUUUGCGUAUUGCCUUGGAACAAAGUUAAAAAGAAAGAUGAUUAUACCAAACAACUAAAGGAUGAAGAUAUGCGGGGUGGGGACGGACCUCGAAUAAUUGUGGAUCAAAAUGGCAUGGGUCCAACUGGUGGUUAUAUAACACGAAUUACGAAUGAUGCACGAGAGGAUGAAAUGGAUCAAAAUUUGCAGGAGGUUUCUGGUAUGAUCGGAAAUCUUCGUAACAUGGCUAUUGACAUGGGUAGUGAAAUUAACCAACAAAAUGUUCAGGUUGAGCGAAUACAGAUCAAGGCUAAGUCAAAUGCUGAACGAAUUAAAAAGGCUAAUGAACAAGCUAGUAAAUUAAUAUUGACUGAUGGAGAAAUCCUUCAAUUCCUGAUUCAUUUAUCAAUCAACUGGUUAAUAGAUUAA